GCCGGCCCCGCACUGCUGAGGAGCGGAGCCUCCGCCUGGGGGACCCCCAUCCCUGGCUGUCCCCCAAUUGCGCGUCCCUGCCCCACCCCCGCGGCCGAGCCAUCACUGGUGUGGCGGUCUCCGCUUGGCGGAAGAGCCUUGAGCGGUCACCCGGCCCCUCUCCACAGCCUCUUUGCAUCUCGGAUUUCGGGGCAGCCCCCUCCCCCACCCCUCCCUUGCACCCCUAUUUUUUCUGCGGUUCGCUUGGGUUUUGCAGCCGUCUAUUUUUGCAUCCCUUUUCAUUUUGUUUCUAGAAGGUUUGGGGGGGUGAGUCUGCACCGCACCCCUUCCCCUUUCUAACCUCCCCUGCCCUGACAGUCCCCCUUUUCAUCGCAGCUGGGGGGCCUAGGAUCCGUGCAUCCUACGCCGCGCUGCCAGCAACCCGCAGCGCGUGGCCGUGCGCCCCGGAAUUUGCAGCAGCUGCCUGAGGAGGGUCUCCCUCGCCCCCGCUGCCUUUGCUCCCCGAGCGUUCCGGAGCGUGUGGGGGGGCUUCUGCGCGCCGCACCCCAGCUUCUCCGCAGCCCCCCGCCCCGCGCGGGACUCGCCCCCCGCCGCCAAGAUGGUCAUCCAGAAGGAGAAGAAGAGCUGCGGGCAGGUGGUUGAGGAGUGGAAGGAGUUCGUGUGGAACCCGAGGACGCACCAGUUCAUGGGCCGCACCGGCACCAGUUGGGCAUUUAGCCUGCUGACCCCAUUUCCCCCCCCCCCCCCGCCUUNUUUCUACCUCGUCUUCUAUGGCUUCCUCACGGCGAUGUUCACCCUCACCAUGUGGGUCAUGCUGCAGACUGUCUCUGACCAUACCCCCAAGUACCAGGACCGACUGGCCACCCCGGGCUUGAUGAUCCGCCCCAAGACUGAGAAUCUUGACGUCAUUGUCAAUGUCAGUGACACCGAGAGCUGGGACCAGCACGUUCAGAAGCUCAACAAGUUCUUGGAGCCUUACAACGAUUCCAUCCAAGCCCAAAAGAAUGAUGUCUGCCGCCCUGGGCACUACUAUGAGCAGCCGGAUAACGGAGUUCUCAACUACCCGAAGCGUGCCUGCCAGUUCAACCGGACGCAGCUGGGCGACUGCUCGGGCAUCGGAGACCCGACCCAUUACGGCUACAGCACUGGGCAGCCCUGUAUCUUCAUCAAGAUGAACCGGGUCAUCAACUUCUAUGCAGGAGCCAAUCAGAGCAUGAAUGUUACCUGUGUGGGGAAGAAAGAUGAAGAUGCUGAGAAUCUCGGCAACUUUGUCAUGUUCCCUGCCAACGGCCACAUCGACCUCAUGUUCUUCCCCUACUAUGGCAAAAAGUUCCACGUGAACUACACGCAGCCCCUGGUGGCCGUGAAGUUCCUGAAUGUGACCCCCAACGUGGAGGUGAACGUGGAAUGUCGCAUCAAUGCAGCCAACAUCGCCACCAACGAUGAGCGGGACAAGUUCGCCGGCCGCGUGGCCUUCAAACUCCGCAUCAACAAAACCUGAGGCCCCUUCCUCCCGUCCCCAUCUCUUUCCUGUGGAUGCUUCUGGAAUGUCCCUGACCCUGCCUGAUCCCUCCCUCACCCACCCCAAAGGUAUUUUUUAUAACAGAGCUAUGACUUGUUUGAGCCUCACACCCUUUUUCUUUACUUGUGAACCCCACCUGACGGCCAUUGUGAUUCCCAGCCUUCAGUUCCCCCCCUUCCUCUCCCGAUUCUAGCUCGGUCAGAGGCAGGGAGACGGGAUCCCAGGACGGCCCCAGAGGAGUUAGGAGCCCUUCUGCUUCUGGUUUAGCUGUGAGUGGGGUGUCUCCACCCCUCCUGUCCCCAGAGAGCCAUAGAAAAUGCCCGCCCGCCCACCUCCACUGCCCUCACACUCACCACCUCCUCUCUCUCUCUCUCUCUCUCUCACACACACACACACAUCUCAGUUCACCCCGACCUUGCAGACACUCCAUUCACCUUUCUCCGUCUCUCCCGCACUUUUCUGCCUCAUCUACACAGUCCCUGUCUUGGUGGCUUUUGAUGUAUCUGGCUCCUCCUCCUUGGCUGUGACAGGUCUGUCCCCGCCUCCUCUCCAGCCCCAUUCCCUCCUCUGAAAGACAACUGUUUUGUAAUCGAGGAUAAGGUGGCUCUGUGGCCUUUUCCCUGUUUUCUGACACAUUUGUCUUCCCGCCCCCUGGUGACGGCGUGCGCUGGGAACAAGGGUCUGGAAGAGGAGUCCCUGUUGGUUCUUCUUGAAAAUUCUCUUCCUGUCACCCAAAUAGGCACUCCUCAGAGGGAUGGGGUUGACCUGGGCUGAAAAUCCACUUUGUUUUUGCCGAUGGCUCACUUCUCCCUGUUUGUUUUCCCAGAAUAUCCUUCAAGUUCCACUUCCCCGGAGCCCUGGGGGAGGGGCAGCCAUUUUGGCUGGGUCCCCAGUGGCCACCUUGGAAACGUCAGCUGGCUAUGGGACUAUUCCACCUCCUUCCCCCCGGGACCCAGAGCUACCCCCACCAUCCUCUCUCUGGUUUCUCUUAGCACGUUAUCAACUAACCACUAACUCCUUCCCUCUCCUCCGCAUGUCAGCCUGAACGUUGCAAAUAGCCCCUCAGUCUAGGCUCUGAAUGUCUCGGCCCCGUCUUCCUCAGACCCC